AUGACCGCUGCUGCAAUGUCUUUGGCUAGCCUCACCAGAACCUACGAAAACACGUGCCCCGCGACCGAGUCAGGUACGCUGCGGCUACGAGGCGCACCUGAAGUCAAGGAUGGCCAUCUCGUCAUUAAGCCGGUCUUGGUAUCCGACAACUCGGUCUUUGGGGCUGAAGUAUCGGGAGUUGAUUGGAGCCAGCCACUGUCGAAAGAUACGGUGGACCAGCUCGUAAGAGUGCAGGAUCGCUAUGCUGUCCUCAUCUUUCGCAAAACCGGCCUCGACAAUGAAAGACACAUUGCCUUUUCUCAACAACUAGGAGAGCAAGAAAUCAACCCUUUCUUUUAUGGCAGAGAGAAUGAUCGCAUUGGGGAGCCGUUCCUCUGGGACGUAGGAAACAUCAACUUGGAUGGCACGCUGGUCCAACCAGAUCAGCGGAGAUGGCAACAUAGUCUCGGCAAUGCGCUAUGGCAUACAGACUCGUCUUAUCACCAACAACGAUCAAAAUACUCGCUCCUCCUCUCUCACGGCAAUCCAGUCAAGGGCGGUUCCUGGACGCACUUUGCCGACAUGCGGCGAGCGUAUGCCGACCUCCCACAGUCCAAGAAGGACGAACUCGAAGGACUUAUCGUCGAACAUGACCUGUGGCAUUCGAGAAAAUUGGCAGCGCCAGAGACAUUUAGUAAUCCUUUACCCCACGAACUGGCCUCGAAGCCACCUGCGUACCAUCGACUGGUGCAAACUGCGCCGAACGGCCAGAAGACGUUAUAUCUAGCUGCGCAUGCCAAAUUGAUCGUGGGGCGCUCCCUCGAGGAAAGCCAGAAACUGAUCUGGGAGCUCAUGGAUCACUGCACACAACCAAAGUACGUUUUCAGCAUGGAAUGGCUGGAAGGAGGAGACAUGGUUUGGUGGGACAACAGGCAAUCAAUGCACAGGGCGAACCCCUACACUACUUCCAUGACAGCCCGUGACGUGCGCCGGGCUACGGUCAUUGAUGAUGGCCCGCUGGCUCAUGGUGUUAGCGUCGAAGAGAGGACGGCCGCUCUGAAGGGCAAUUAA